AUGACGGUGAUACCGGACACGGAAGAUAAGGUGAUAAACGCGGAGCUCUCCUACGCGGGCCUCGAGAUAACGGGCCUGACGGAGGAGUCCAUCGCUGCGAAGCGCGCCGCGACCGAGCUCCGCGAUGCCCUCGCUGUCUCAUAUAGCUUCAAGAACAUCUGUAAGAUCCAGUACCUGGGCGCGUUCGAGAAGCUCACCAAGCUCAAGCUGGACAACAACUUCAUCACCAGGAUCGAGAAUUUGGACCACCUCGUGCACCUCCAGCAGCUCAACCUCAGCUUCAACAGGAUCACGAAGAUCGAGGGUCUGAACGCGCUCACCAAGCUCAAGGAUCUCUCCCUGUUCAAUAACGAGAUCCAGAAGGUUGAGGGCCUUGACGCGCAGGUCGCCACGCUGGAGCAUCUCAGCCUCGGGAAUAACAAGCUCGACUCCUUGAUUGACGCUUUCGCGGGUCUUCGACCCUUCCACGGCCUGCGGAUCCUCACCCUGCAGGGGAACCCCAUACACGAUGACCCAGACUAUAAGCUAUACGCGCUCGGGAGGCUGCCGUGGCUCAAGUACCUCGACCACAGGCGCACAAAGCAGGACGAGUUGGAGAAGGCGAGGGACCUCUACGUCGACGAGAUUUUGGAGAUUGAGGAUCGGGAGAACGACCAGAGGCUGAAGGCGGAAGACGCCGCGAAGGCGGAGGCUAAGCGGGUGAAGAUCGAGGCGUCCAAUCUGACCGGCGUACCCGAUCUGUUCGAGCGGAUGCUCGCAGCGGACCCGGAGUACGAGAAGCUCCGUUACAUCCCCAACAAGGAGGCGCCCGAGCUGUGCAACGGGCUGGAGCUGUUCAAGGAUAAGUACCAGCAGCGGUGCGAGGCGUUCACGGAGCUGAUGGACGAUCAGCUCGAGCGAAAGAAGAACGAGAGGGCGGAGUGGCAGGCCGUGGUAGACGGGGAGCUGCGACAGAAGGACGUAGAGGCGCGCGAGUGGGUCACGGAGUUUGAGACUCUCAAGAAACACGCGCUCCGCGAUUGCGAUAAAUCGGAAGCCGGCGUCACCCCGGAGCUGGAAUCGCGGCUUCGCGACUUGCUCGACAAGUCCGAGGAACUUUACAACAAGCUCAUGGCGCAGGAGCAGUGGACCGCAGUCGUCAUCGACGACCUGGUGACAAACUACGAUUUGCAACUCGGCGAGAUCGUGGACGAGAGUAAGAAGCACGUGAUGGACUACUUUGAGUACGCGCGGGGCCUGGAGGAGACCUACUUUGACGGGUUCAACGAAGCCGUCGGGUCCGUGCUCAUGAGACUCGGGCAGGACGAGCUGGACGAAGCCGACGAGGAGGUUAAGGACUUCCUCGGGGACAAAGACAGGUUCAUGAACUCGUGUCAGAACCAUCACGAUUCGCACGUCAACACCAUCGACACCGCGGAGGAGACAAUGUCAAAGGAGGAGAAGAGGAGGCACGAGGCGGAGGUGGAGGAACUGAGGGAAUGGCAGGCGACCAGGAAUAGGGGGCGCGUCGCGGAGAUGCUGGCCAUGAGAAAGCGGUACAGAGGUGAGAUCGAGGAGUACCUCGAGGGGGAGUGAGGAGCGCGGGCGCAUCGCGACUCGUUUUGUUGUAAAUCGAUUAGCCAAGGUCGAGAGU